CCGCCCACCCCCUCGACGUCUUUCAGUUAUUGUUCUGCUUGGGGUAGCCGGUUAGCAGCUAGCCACGAUUAGAAAGCGGCUUUAACUUUCAUGGGUGCAUUUACAGGACCUUUUAAAUUUCCCGUGGACAUUUAAAGACUGUCGAAUCAAUAAUGAGCAAGAGAAAGGCACCUCAGGAAUCCCUGAAUGAGGGAAUAACAGACUUCCUCGUCGAGCUGGCCAAUUAUGAGAAAAACGUCAACAGGGCAAUACACAAGUACAAUGCAUACAGGAAAGCAGCAUCUACCAUCUCAAAAUACCCAAACAAAAUCAAAAAUGGCGAGGAAGCCAAGAAACUGGAUGGUGUUGGAGCUAAAAUAGCAGAAAAGAUUGAUGAAUUCCUACAAACAGGCAAACUACGGAAACUGGAGAAGAUUCGAAAUGAUGACACCAGCUCCUCCAUCAACUUCCUCACCAGGGUUACUGGAAUUGGCCCUGCUGCUGCAAGGAAGUUCUUUGAGGAAGGUGUGAAGACAUUAGAAGAUCUGAAAAAGAUUGAGCACAAGCUUAAUCAUCAUCAACAGAUCGGACUCAAGUACUUUGAGGAAUUUGAGAAAAGAAUUCCACGAACUGAAAUGGAAAAGAUGGAGACGCUCAUUCUUGAGGAGCUGAAGGAAAUUGAUCCAGAGUACAUCGGAACAAUCUGUGGAAGCUACAGAAGAGGCGCUGCAUCGAGUGGUGAUAUUGAUAUUUUGCUGACCCACCCCGACUACACCUCUGAGACCGAAAAACAGCCUAAGCUCGUCCACAGAGUGGUUGAGCAUUUUGAGUCCAUUGGGUUUGUGACAGACACUCUGUCCAAAGGAGACACCAAGUUCAUGGGAGUCUGCCAGCUGCAGCAGAACGAUGAGGAUGAAGAAGAGUACCUUCACAGACGUAUUGAUAUCAGGUUAAUUCCAAAGGACCAGUACUACUGUGGAGUUCUGUAUUUCACUGGAAGUGAUAUCUUCAAUAAAAACAUGAGAACUCAUGCUCUGGAGAAGGGCUUCACUCUUAAUGAGUACACAAUAAGACCACUUGGAGUCACUGGUAUGGCAGGAGAGCCUCUGCUGGUGGAUAGUGAAAGAGACAUCUUUGAAUACAUCCACUACAAGUACAGGGAGCCAAAAGAACGCAGCGAGUGAUGCAAAGGACCGCGUAUACUUACAUCUGUUUGCUUUUGAAGCUACAAACAAGAUCUGAUGCGUGUUUACCAAUGUGUGUAUUAAAGUGUCCAUUUUUUUAAAACCAUUCAACUAUUUUAUUGAGUGGGGAAAAACAGUGAAAUACAUUUUAAUUUUUGGUUUUGAUGGAAGAAAGUCUUCAGAAUAUUAGAGACAUUUUAAGUUUAAGGAACUUUGUUAAACAAUACAUCUGAUUUUACUUAGAAUGUGGUGCUCCGUGGGAAAGUGUCUAUUUUAGAGCUUCUGGUCUUAGCUUUGAAUUUCUAAAUCAUGCUGAAUAGUUUUUUUUUUAAAGAUUAAAACAACUCAAGAGUGGUUAUCUUUAUGCAAGGUGGGAUCUGUUACUGUCGUAGUUUUGUCAGAAUGAACAGUGAGAACCCAUAUCAUCACUACAUUUUUUAAAAGUGUACCAUUGAAGACAUCGACUAAGUUGUGCAAACUUAAAAGGUAGAAUUGUUAUACAUGAAUACUUGAUAGCAGUAUCACUGUUAUAUCUUGUCUUAUAUUUAUUUUUUUUAUUCACCAUUGAAAUGUUAGUUGGUGUGUUGAACCUGUAGUUUCACCGAUGUUGUCAAAAGAAAAUUAUAACUACAAGAAAUACAAUGAUUUCAAUUAUUUUUGGUUGUAUGGGCUUAGUUCUGGUAAUAGACAAGUAUUUGGGAGAGAAUGAUGAUUUUUCAACAACAAUUAGGAUUUUCAUUCACCUCAGUUAUUGAUAGAAAACGACUUGAUAAAUCUCUUGUAUGUGGUUGUUUGAUAAUAAUUUGUGUGGGCUCAGAGCAUAUUUGUAACUAAUGGAGCAUAUUGAAAGUGGCAGAUAAAGUUAACACUUACCUAGUAACUGAAAUCCCGCUACAACAAAUCCUGGUGGAAUUUUUGCUUUGAGAUUACGACUUUGAUUCAGUCUGGUAUGUGGAGAAUUGUAAACAUUUGAGAAAAUGUUGUUGGAAAAUGUGAUACACACAGUGCUCUAUAUUUGCUCUAUAGUUUUUGAGUUUGUAUGUGUGAAAUAAAUGGGUUUUUUU